UCACCAAGUUCAAACCACUAACGUAAGUAGUAUUCAAGGAGGGUAGUCAUGUCGGCUGUAGGCUUUAAAAAGACUGAUGAGAGGGAACCCUUAACUCAGAGCAUUGAGAAGGAGAAAACUGUAAGACAUACCGGAGAUUUCUCCUCAUCACACUCUGUGAGAAAAAUUCAGGUUGGAAUCUGUUUGCUUCUGGUGGAGCUGUGUGAAAGGUUCACCUUUUUCGAAGUCGUCUGCAAUAUGAUCCCCUUUUGCACCGUCAAGCUUGGCUACCGCAAUGACCAGGCCGCCAUUUUGAACUUGUGUUUUAUUGGAACUUCAGUCCUUACCCCUGUGUUUGCAGGAUGGCUUGCUGAUGUCUGCCUAGGAAGAAACAAACUGGUACAGAUUUGCUUAUUUCUGCAUUUUCUAGGCACCGCCUUGUUGUCUGUGGCCGCUUUCCCCCUGGGCGAUUUCUAUGUAGGCGCUCACCACGUGAUCAACAACAUACCGGAAACGGAGCGGAAGAGGCUGUUUUACGCAGCACUGUCGGCCAUCUGCCUCGGCACAGGAGGGGUCAGAGCCAUCGUCUGCCCCCUGGGCGCCUACGGCCUUCAGGAGUGUGGGUCCCAGAAACGAGUGUCUUUGUUUAACUGGUUUUACUGGAUCAUGAACCUAAAUGCAACUAUUGUCUUUCUGGGAAUAUCUUAUAUCCAGCACUCAGGGACCUCGGCCCUGGUUUUACUCAUUCCUUUUAUGUCUACACUUAUGGCUCUGAUAACUUUCCAUAUGAUGCGCUAUAACCUGAUCUAUCAGCCAGAAAAAUGCUGCUCCCUCCUGACACCAUUUGGGGUGUUUGCUAACGCCCUGAAAACGUGCUGUCUGCGACGCUGCCAUCCCAGCGGAGGUGUGAGCAGUUGGUUAGACCACGCCAAGGCGAAACACGGCGGCCGCUACAGUGAGCUCCAUGUGGAGGACUCAAAAUUUUUCUUCACCCUUCUCCCUCUCUUCAUUUUUCAGCUCCUCUACAGAACGUGCAUUAUGCAGAUUCCUUCAGGAUAUUAUCUGCAGACCAUGAAUUCCAACCUGAACCGUGGGUCUGCUCUGCCAGUUGCAGCAAUGAAUGUCGUCAGCAUCCUACCGCUAUUAAUUCUGGCUCCUUUCAUGGACUAUUUCAGCACCUGCCUGUUUCCCUCUAAGAGAGAGGGACCAUUUCUGUCGGCAUGCAUUAUCGCUGGAAAUCUUUCUGCUGCAUUGUCUGUGACGGUAGCUGGCUUCUUUGAAAUGCACAGAAAGCACUUCCCUGCCAUGGAACAGCCCCUUUCUGGCAAAGCUCUCACCGUUUCCUCCAUGCCCUGUUUCCACCUGGUUCUUCAAUACAUUUUACUCGGAGUGGCUGAAACCCUCGUCAACCCAGCCCUCUCUGCAAUACCAUGCAGAUUUGUUCCAAGAACCAUCAGAGGAACCUUCAUGAAUUUUUUGACACUGCUCAAUGGAUUUGGUUGUUUCCUGGGGGCACUGCUGGUGGAGCUGGUAUACCUCAUCUCAGAAGGCAAUUGGUUUCCAAACACAUUAAACAAAGGCAAUUUAGAAAGCUUCUUCUUCUUCUUGGCAUCAUUAACGUUGUUGAACGUCCUGGGAUUCUGGAGUGUUUCACAAAGAUAUUGUAAUCUAAAUCAUUUUAACGCCCAGAACAUCAGUGGAAGUAAUCUUGAAGAAACACUUCCCCUCCAUGAAAAGUCUCUGAAAUUUUAUGGCAGUACACAGGAAUUUUCUUCAAGUAUUGAUCUUUGGGAAACAGCCCUAUGAAACUCCAUUUGACUCAACCUGUCUUACGAGCAAAGUAUGCACUGUUUUCUUCAGUUGGACACUACGCAUUUUAGUUUAAGAGUUAGUAUGUGUGGGAGUGGCCUGAUGGGCAUUAUCUGUGCCCUUUACUUGCAAAGACUAAUUAUGUCUCCUCCAGUAAACUAUUAUGCUUUUGCAUAUGUUAUGCAACUGAAUUAAUAAAGUAAUUUCAAAGUCUAAGUGAUCACUCCGUGACAACAAAAAAUAACGUUUCCUAUACAUCACAAUAUUUUAUAACUUUUUACAAUGGUUCAGCCAUUAAAAGCAACAUAUAAAUGAAUGUAAAUACAAAAC